AUUAGAAUGAGGUUUCUCAUUAUAUUUUGUUUCCUCUCCCUCUUCCUUUCAACCUUCCCUUCCUUCAUAUCUCCUCAUUUAUUAUUUCAGGGCUUCAAUUGGGAGUCCAGUAACCAAGCAGGAGGAUGGUACAACUUACUCGAGAACUUAAUUUCUGAUCUUGCUAAUGCUGGAAUUACUCAUGUUUGGCUUCCUCCUCCUUCCCAGUCAGUUUCAUCCCAAGGAUAUUUGCCAGGCAAAUUGUACGAUCUCGAUGCAUCGAAAUACGGAUCCCAGGAUGAAUUGAAAUCACUAAUAGAAGCACUCCAUCAGAAAGGAAUAAAAUCCAUAGCUGAUAUUGUAAUAAACCAUAGAACUGCAGAGAAACAAGAUAGUAGAGGAAUAUAUUGCAUUUUUGAAGGUGGAACUUCUGAUUCUAGACUUGACUGUCCAUCCUCUAUUUGCAGAGAUGAUACAGAAUAUUCUGAUGGACAAGGAAAUCCUGACACUGGAGAAGGCUAUGGACCUGCUCCUGAUAUUGACCAUGUGAACACAACAGUUCAGACAGAGUUAUCAAAUUGGUUAAAUUGGUUAAAAUCUGACAUUGGUUUUGACGGAUGGCGAUUCGAUUUUGUUAAAGGAUAUGCUCCUAGAUUUACAAAGCUUUAUAUGGAAAACACUUCUCCAGAUUUUGCAGUUGGUGAAAAAUGGGAUUCUCUUGCUUAUGGUCAGGAUGGAAAACCUAACCCUAAUCAAGACUCACACAGAGAAGCACUAAAAGAUUGGGUUGAAAAUGCUGGCGGAGUAGUUACAGCAUUUGAUUUUACAACAAAAGGGAUUCUCCAAGUGGCUGUGGAAGGAGAACUGUGGAGAUUGAAAGACUCAAAUGGAAAACCACCAGGAUUUAUUGGAAUUUUACCACAAAAUGCAGUAACUUUUAUCGAUAAUCAUGAUACUGGCUCUACACAAAAAUCUUGGCCUUUCCCUUCAGAUAAAGUCCUUCUUGGCUAUGCUUACAUUCUUACCCAUCCUGGAAUUCCCUCAGUAUUCUAUGAUCAUUUCUUUGAGUGGGGACUGAAAGAAGAGAUUAUUAAAUUGUCAGCAAUCAGGAAGAACAAUGGGAUCAGUCAAACAAGCUCUGUGAAUAUUUUGGCCGCUGAUUCUGAUCUUUAUGUAGCAAAAAUUAAUGAUAUUGUUAUUAUCAAGAUUGGGACAAAGAAUGAUCUUGGAAACUUGAUUCCCCCAGAUUUUCAGGUUGCUGCCUCCGGAAAUGACUAUGCUGUUUGGACCAAAAAGUUAAAAAAAGAAAAAAAAUAAUAAUACAGCCUAUAUUUGAAAGGGCUGUGAGAAUAAACUUGUGAUAUUCGCAAUUUAAUA